AUGACACUACCUUAAGAAGGGGAUAGAGCUUUUAUAAAGCAUGUAGGAGAAGUUUAAUUCAUAGAAAAUGGAAGUUUAAAGGUUAACAUUGUUAAAAACUAAAAAGAUGAGAUUACCAAAGACAAGUAUUAAUUAAAGGCUAUAGCAGAGUUACAAGAAUCAUCUUUGAAAAGUUUAGUGGGUGAGGUUGAAGAUAAGUAUGAAAAGUAAAAAGUAGCAAAGUAGAAUAUCAUCGAUAAAUUGUAAUAAAUGAAGGAGUAGUUAACUUAAAUGAUACCAGAAAAACAGUAAUAAAUUUAAGUAUCAAUGAAUGAGGCUGAACAAGAAACUUAAUUGAUUAGUCAAAGAGUACAUAACUUAAUGAAAAUGAGAGAUUAAAUUAGGAAUGAAAAUUUACAAUUAAAAGAUGAGUUAAAUUUUCAGGAAAAGAAUUAGGCUGAUUCAGUAAGACUAUUUUGCGAUGAGCUAAAAAAAAAGAGCUAUGAAAUGAUAUUCGUUUAAAAGAAAAUAUAAGAUAAAAACAACAAGAAACUUAAAGAGAUGCUAUAGUAUUCUGAGACAAAUAAUAAAAGGCAUGAAGAGUUUAAUGAUAAUUUGAAACUUCAGUUAGAUACAACAAAGCAACAUAGAGGAGUUAUCAAUGAAAAAAUUGUAGGUUCAAGAAAAACAGUUCGUGAACUAAUGGAGGAGUAUCUAGAGGAGCUUGGAUUCUACGCAAAUUCAAAGAGAACGCUAGAGCAGUUAAUAGAUGAGUAGGACUUUGAUCAGAUUAGGAGAAUCCUAAAGCACAGGAAAUUCUCAAAUUAUAGAAUUAAGGAGUUCAGAUUGAAUUUGGAUUUGCUCUAAUAAGAAAUUAAUGAUGGUGUUCAAGAUACUGCAAAAACAUUCCGCAAAGAGUAUCUUAGCAAUAUACCAGCUAACUUAGGUAGUAUAGAGUAUUAAACUGCUAGCACCUAAGUAAGUACUGCUAGAAAUAAGGAGUAGUAGAAAAAAGGAUCUAAUAUAAAAAGCAGUAAAAUGUCUUCAAUAAGAAAGAGCAAUCUUGAGUUUAAUUGA